AUGGCGUUGAGUUCACGCACAGCACAGGUCACGUAGGCAGUCACAAACCUAUAGAAGAGGAAGGUAAGGUGUCACUUAUUUGAACAUACCACAAGAUCACCUUGCCCUUGCAGUCCCAUAUCGUGAUUAAUUUGAAGAAGGAUGUGAGCUCGAAUUGUGAUCGCGGUCAGGUACGCGUGUUCCAUACCUCAAGUGCCUGCUGCUUCGGAUCCGCUCGCUUGCCGACUUGCCGACCCGGUCCCACUCGCUACUGUGCAGUCACUCUCUGGCGAACGCAGGGCCUCGUGCGUUGGGGCUUCGUGCACGAGUUGAGGAUCAUGCGCUCCCCCCCUACCCAGAGCAUGCCGAAGUCGAUGGUCGCUUCAAGCUCGAGCUCGACGUCGCGUCCUUCCCACGGCAACGAUAUCUCGUGGUCUGGCGCCGAACGACCGUCGCUCCCACGGCUGAAGAGGAGUGGUAGCUUCAAUCGAGACCUGGAUCCGAGUUUGUUCACGUUGAAUGAUGAUUCUCCUCUUGCAUCGACGUCUCUGUCGUCCUCGACCGGUACCUCGCGACGACCGUCUGCCAAGCGCCAGCGCAACCGGCAGCAAUUGUCUUGCGUUGCUUGCCACCUCAGGAAGCAGGCCUGCGACAAGGUGGUGCCGUGUUCAAGGUGUAUCAAGGUGCGUUGUUUACUCUCUGCUUCAUUCUGCUUGGGCCGAGCAGUUGGUGCCGUCAAUCACGAUGCUGCAGCGAGCUUGCGGGGUCGCUGUGGCUCGACCGGAAACUCGGCGCGGCCGUCUUUUUUGAUUGCCCCAGGCCAUCGCCGACAUCGCCGAGUUACAUACCCCGAUAGGCGUGGCGCACCUCCCGAAACGCGGUCGGUCCAUCCCUCACGUUGAGUCCCUCGUCAAUGCUGCCCUCCCCGUCCGGUAUGCAUGCGGCCGCAGGCGGCUUUUCGAGUUUUCGGCUCGGACCUUGUUGAUCCGAGACGGGGUCUCGUUCGAAAAAGUGGGCAAGCCCACGGUCUCACAAGAGGCCCUGGCCGCAUAUUGGUGUGCCCGACCACGUCAGAGCGAUCCUUCGUUCGCCGUUGGGCUAAGCGACGUUCGACUACCUUGGAGCUUGCUUCGAGAUACGCCAUCUUUAUCGACGCGCCCACUGACGCGCUCUCCCUUCCUUGUGUUGCAGAGGGGUGUCGCACACGAAUGCCGAAUCGAAGGCAGGCGCAACCCUCCGCUGCGCAGUCCCGGGGACCACAGUGA